AUGAGGACACCGUUUGAGAAUGGGCAUGUGUUUAUUUGGGAUAUUCGGCAGCCAAAGCGGCAAGAAACAUUUUAUGAUGAAGGAGCCGUAAAAGGCACUGUGAUACGAAUAAGUCAGAAUGGGCACUAUAUUGCUUGCGGAUCGAAUACGGGAAUAGUGAAUUUGUACGAUUCGGCCGAUAUCGUGAAAAAUCCGUGCCCAAAACCGGUGAAAGUGCUGGACAAUCUUACCACUUCUAUAGACGGCAUCACAUUCACUGGCGAUUCACAGCUGCUAGCCAUAUUUUCUAGCGUAAAACGUAACGCAUUUCGAUUGGUACACGUUGGAAGUCGAAGUGUUUACACGAAUUUUCCACCAAGAAAUGCCAAUCUGGGUCGCGUAACAGUGGCCGAUUUCUCGCCUCACAGUGGCUACAUGGCAGUUGGUGAUGACACGAGUUUCUUGUCACUUUUUCGAUUGUUACACUUCGAUAGCUACUAA